CCGCCCUCCGCCCCUAUGCUGUGUAGUGGAGUCGUCCGCCCCGCCCUCCUUUCGCUCUCUGCGCGCCCCACCUCGCGGUGGUCCUUCUAUGUGCGAGGCCAGAAAGCUGGGUGUUUGGGUCUCAGAGCAGUAGCAGUGGCUUCGACCUCUCUAGCUCAGCCCAGCCUCCCUGCACGUAGUACUCCCAGCUGUUGGGAGUACCUGACAGGUUUCCACAAGAGGAAGGUGGAGCGGAAGAAGGCAGCCAUAGAGGAGAUGAAGCAGCGGCUCAAGCGCGAACAGAAGAAGCUCCGGGAGGAGCGCCACCAGGAAUACUUGAAGAUGUUGGCAGAGAGAGAGGAGGCACUGGAGGAGGCCGAUGAACUGGACCGGCUGGUGACAGCAAAGACAGAGUCAGUGCAAUAUGACCACCCCAACCACACGGUCACUGUGACUACCAUCAGCGACCUGGACCUCUCUGGGGCCCGGCUGCUUGGACUGGCCCCACCUGAGCAGGGGGCCGGGCCCGGGUCUGAGGAGGAGGUGUCAUCCGUGGAGAAGCCGACCAGAGCCUUCCCCAGGAAGUCCAGGGACCCCCUGCUAUCCCAGCGGAUUUCCUCUCUCACGGCAUCGUUGCACGCACACAGUCACAAAAAAGUCAAGAGGAAACACCCUCGACGGGCCCAGGACUCUACUAAGAAGCCCCCAAGUGCUACUCGUACGAGCAAGACCCAGCGCCGCCGGCUGACCGGCAAAGCCCAGCACGGCGGAGAGUGAGCCCGAGAACUGGGCCAGGCCCCAGCCUGGGCUGCAAGGACUGGUCCUGUCUCCGCUUGGCUGUCCCCACAGCCCAGCCUGCGCGGAGGCCUGGGGCUUUCACCUCAAAAGCAGCAGGCAGCUGAGAACUAGCCUCCCUCGGGAGGAACCUGCGGGGCCGAAUUCGGAGCAUCCUCCCAAAUACAUACCCCACUGGGCUUUCAUCAGGUUUGCAAAACUAA